CUCAUCCGUCAAACUCCCAAGAAACCCUUCAGAACCUUCCUCACUCUUUCUCUCUUCCUUUUUUUUCUUUUUUUUUUCUAUAAACCUAACCUAACCAAAAAACCCUUUUCAUUAUUCUUCAUUCAUUUAUUCUUAUUCAUCUUUUCAUUCACUCACUCUCACUCAUGGCUGAAGAUGGGAACAACAACGAUGUACCCUUACACAAAUUCAAAGACAGCAAUCCAAACCCUGAAGAGUUCGAUGCAAAGGGUUACAGCCUCAGCGGAAAAAUCAUGCUUUCAGCAAUAAUCCUUCUUUUCUUCGUCGUCGUUUUGAUGUUGUGCCUUCAUAUCUACGCGCGCUGGUACCUCCGGCGUGCUCGCCGCCGCCAGCUCCGGCGCCAACGCGAGCUCCGCCGCACCCAGCUUGUCUUUUACAACGACGACGCCACCCCCGCAGCCGUGUCACGUGGCCUCGACGCCGCCAUCCUUGCCACACUCCCCGUCUUCACCUUCGACCCGGAAAAAACCGGGCCGGAGUGCGCUGUUUGCUUGUCGGAGUUCGAACCCGGUGAAACGGGUCGGGUCUUGCCCAAAUGUAAUCACAGUUUCCACAUAGAAUGUAUUGACAUGUGGUUCCAUUCUCAUGACACGUGUCCUCUUUGUCGCGCCCCGGUUGAACGCGCGCCGGAACCGGAAGUUGUUGUUAUAACGGUACCCGAUCCGGUUUCCGAAACCGGUUCAGGCGAAAAUGAGAACCGAACCGGUUCUUCUUCUUCUUCCUCUUCGGUUGGAUUGAGUAAGCCUAAGCCUUCGUUGGUUGGUGUGACAAUUGAGGUGCCUCCGAGGGACGAGAAUUUUCAAAACGAGUUGCAACCGAGUUGCGACUCGUCCUCCUCGUUUCGGUCGCCGAUGAGUCGCAUGCUGUCGUUUACGAGGAUGCUCGGCAGGGAAAAGAAGGGGAACGUGUCGCCGUCGUCGUGCGGCGGCGGCGGCGAUUGUAGCUCCGCCGCGGAGCGAGGUGAGCGAGAGGAGACUCAGUGAGUCGGUGACUCGGGUGCUGACGUGGCACUUGUUGGAAGCGGAAAAACUUGGGUUGUUGGCGCGUGGCGGUGUGUAAUAGUGACGUUUCUGGAUUUUAAUGUAGGCGGUGAGCGGCGCGUGAGUUAGGUGGCGCGAGAUACUGACGUAGAAUGGUUUUGGGAUGAACAUAAAUGAUGUACUUAUUCGUUGAUAUAUAUAUUUUUUCUUUAUUUGUUUCUUAUCUUCGGGUUCCAAAAAUAGUUAAAUAGAAUACGAAAAUUGCUAAUUGUAAUGCUUGCUUACAUAGAAAUGAAACCAAUUUUAAAGAAUAGCUUA